CAAAUAGAAACCAUGAGUUUGGUCCAAAAAAUAUGUGGUUCAGCAUCGAACCUCCUUUUUAAUCCAUCUAGACAGGUGUUCAAAAGUGCAUUUGGGGAAAAUGUUCUGAACAAAUUAACAUCCUGUGAGCAACAGCAAGUACGUACACGUUGGCCUGAUUGGAAGAUGAUAAGAGACAAUAAAAGACGAAAACUUGUUGUGGAAUACUAUCCAAGAAGAGUUCGUCUAAAUUGCAUCAGGAAAAAUACCAUAUUACCAACAGAAUUAAAGGAAAUAGCUGACAAGGAAAUGAAAGAUCUUCCAAAGAGGAGCGCCAAUACUAUGCUUACCAAUCGGUGUGCUGUCACAUCACGUGCAAGAGGGAGGGUAAAACGUUGGAAUGUCAGCAGACUUGUCUUCAGACAUUUAGCAGACUAUAAUUAUUUAUCAGGAGUUAUAAGAGCAAAAUGGUAGCAAAAAUAUAUCAUUAACUUAUAAUCAGACCAUGUAUAGUUAAUUUCCACAUUUGUUUAUGUAAUACUACAGUAGUUCAUUUAAGGGAUUACCUGAUUUAAAAUGGAUAUUUUUCAAACAUGAAAUACAAUACACAAAAUAUUAAUUCACUUGUGAGCAGUGUAUGUAUGAGAGCAUCCUCUGAUCACAGGGCUUCAAAAUCCAGAAUAUAUUCUUUCUUUUUACCCCCUGCGAUAAGCAGUUAGCAUUUCCCCAAUUAAGAACUCGCAAUCUGAUUAGCUGUCGCAACAGUGUGACAGAAAUCAUGUAUACAUCAUUGUGCAUUAUUAAAUCAGUGAUUCAGCAGGGGGAAGAAGGAGGUACGGAUUCUGGAUACCUGCUUAGGAGGAUGGUAUGAGAGGAGUCUUCAUGUGAUUCAAACUUCAAAAUCCCAAAUGAUGUAAUUCAUAUCAAAUAUACAGUUGAAGUAGAAUGUUGAUAUUAAAUUUAUUUAAUUAAUAUGCCAGGUUUUGUGGUUACUACAAAUACAAACUCCCAAAUAGUAAAUUAAUUGUGUUAUGUUCAAAAUCACAACUUGACAAAUUAAAUCAAAUAAAGAAAAAUUAUUAAAUCCCAAAUUCAUUUGGGACAGAGGCAUUUUAUUUGCAACAUUUGCUGUUUUGUGGAUAAAAAAAUUUAUUGCAAAUUAUAGCAAAAAUGCUCAUUCCUCAUGCAUUGACAUAGACUUUAA